AUGGCAACCCAACAAUCUCCUAAUAUUACUCUUUAUACUGACGCAGUUCCUUACGGAAUAAAAGUUAGCAUUGUUCUUGAAGAAUUAGGAAUUCCUUAUAAAGUUAAAGAAAUUUCUAUUGAAAAGGGAGAACAAAAGAACCCCGAAUUUUUGAAAAUCAAUCCAAAUGGAAAAGUUCCUGCUAUCACGGAUCAUGAUUUUAAUGUAUUUGAAAGUGGUGCUAUUUUGAUUUAUAUUUGUGACAAUUACGAUCAUAAAGGUAAAUUAUUGCCAAAGGAUCCCAAGUCAAGAAGUCAAGUUAUACAAUGGCUUAUGCUCCAAUUGAGUGAACAUGGACCUAUGCAAGGAGAAGCUAACUAUUUUAAUAGUUUCUCAUCAGAAAAUGUUCCAUAUGCCAUUCAGCGAUAUACCAAUGAAACCAAACGACAUUUCAAACUCUUGGAUGAUGCCUUGGAAGGGAAGGAGUAUUUAGUUGGAAAUAAGUAUACUUUAGCAGAUAUUGCAUAUUUUUCUAUGGUUAAGUUCCAUCAAAUUAGUGGAAUCAAAACUUUAAAUGAUUAUCCAAAUUUGACAGCUUGGCUGGCUCGUAUUGAUGCUAAACCUGCUACUAAAAAAGGUAUAGAUGUACCUAAUAAUUCCCUUAGAGAAAUGGUUGAGAAACCUGAAAAAUUGGAAGAAUUAUGUCAAAAGGUUAAAGCUAUGGUUAAACAACGAGAAGAUGAAGAAAAAGGAAAAUAA